AUGUCCAUUUCAAAUCAUACUCGAUUCAGACCUUGUAACGAAAGUUGCUCCGACUGUCUCCAGUAUUUAUCAACCUUAUUCAACGAUGUCUGCGCCACCCACUCCUAUUAUCAACUUGGACUUUCCCAACAAGAAUAUCUUUGAGAUUAAUCAAAAGCAGUGGAACAAAUAUUCCACAGAACCUGCCAAGAAUGGAACGCUUCAAGAAUGGAUUACGGAGCCGCUGCACCUGUUGACUUCGGAGUCAUCGUCUUCAGCUAUGUCCAAUGGUCAGGAUGCUUCGCUUUCGUCGCUCGCAACGGGCGAUGAGAAUAAUACGAUCCUGACCAUACCGGAGGCGAUCAGAAGCGACCAGAUGCUGUCAACGGUCAACGGGCAACAUUACCUGGAGGUACCGUUGCCCUCCACGUCCAAUGGGCUGAAUCAACAGGCGCCCAUGCCGGUGACGUCGAAUGGGUGCCAGCAAAUGUAUUCUGUGCCGGCGACCACCAGCAAUGGACACUGCCACCAAAUCCCAAUGCCUGGGACGAGUAACGGAUCCAGCUAUGGUGUGAGCUCCUACGGAGUUCACUAUACUGGAUCCAAUGGCAACGUAGGAUACUCGCCAAACAUGACGCCAAACAUGAGCGGUGUCCAUACGGUGAGGCCUGCUAAUUAUAUUAUACAUCCAUUCCGGCCCAACGGUGGGUGUAAUGUGCCGAAUGGAGGUAAUGGCUAUUUUGUACGGCCAGGCUGGCCUGUAAAUGCCAUUAGCAAAGUCGUGAAUGGCGUUGUUAAGAAGCAGAAGAGAAACAGGACAGCUUUUACAAGCCACCAAAUGGCGGAGCUGGAGCAAGAGUACGCGAGGGCCCGGUACUUAGACCGUACCAGAAGAAUUGAGCUGGCUUCCACACUCAACUUAAAUCAGCGGACGGUCAAAAUCUGGUUCCAAAACAGGCGAAUGAAGGAGAAGAAAGACCGUCUUGAAGUGGAAGCUGCAAAUAUGGGUGACCUGCCCAUAUUUGUACAAGACGGUCAGCAGUAUGUUCAGGUGGGCAUUGAAAACGGCCAUUUUAAUCCGGCAUUGUGUGCAGAGAUGCCGAUGCCAUCGGUCUCGAUGCCAUCGAUGACGAUGCCAUCGGUGUCGAUGCCAUCGGUGACGAUGCCAUCGGUGCCGAUGCCAUCGGUGUCGAUGCCAUCAAUGCCGAUGCCGCCAAUGCCUAUGCCUCACAUGCUGCCUCAUGCGCCUACGCUUCCAGGCCUUGAGAUGCCAUACGUACCAGAGAACGCCAUCCAGGUCAAUGGCGUUCAAGCCCAACAACCACCGGUUCCAACUCCAGCGGGUGCGGGCACAGAAAACCCUGCUGGAGCUAAUAAUGUCGAAGAAAGUUGGGACCUGGCAUGGAUCCGCAGCAUCAACAUCGGUGAUGAUUUGGAACUGCAGUGAAAGUAGUUCUUGAUCUGCUGCGGAUCAACAUAAAUGGGCGUAAUUAUGGUUCAUCUCAAGGCAGCUCCAGGUGGUUUAUUACGCCAUUCACGACUGUUGGACUAUCAGUCAGAGAGUGAAGAAGACGCUUAAGUGACAAUAAGGGCACGGGAAGGACAAGGGACAAUAACACACCUAGCCACGGGUGAAGAAGACAGAUUGCAAGUCAUUAAAACCACCUGGAGACAUCACGCCAUUCACGACUAUAAUAAGUAACACGGACCAGAGGGUGGAGAAAACACUGUUCACGUUCAAGAGCCAUGUAACCAAAUAGCAUGAGGACACUGUUGACAGAUUUUAAAUCCUGUAAAGUCAUCUGAAAAUGUGUCAAAUUAUGUAACGC